AUGAUCAAAUAUAGACAAACAACGAGAUAUAUAAAUUUCUUAAGCCGGCAGAGAGCACAACAACUACGUUUCACAUCCACAAAUGUCCAGAAUUCGCCCAGUGAAAACAAAGCAUUGCCCACAGAAUGGCAAAAUGCAAAACCCUUCGAAGAGAUACCCUCGAUGGGUGACAAGUCCAUGAUGAAAGAUAUGUUACCUUGGGGUAAAUACGGUCGGAUGGAAUUACCAAAAUUGUUAGUGACCCUUAAACAGGACAUGGGACCAAUUGUACGAGCUCCAGCAUUUAUGGGUCGUCCCACAUCGGUUAUAACUCAUAAUCCAAAUGAUUUUGAAAUUGUAUUUCGCAAUGAAGGUAUAUGGCCCAUAAGACCGGGAGGUGAUGCUCAAACGUAUCAUCGAACAGUACAUCGAAAGGAUUUCUUUGAGGGUGUUACGGGUUUAGUGGCAGUGCACGGUGAAAAAUGGGGCAGUUUCCGAUCAGCUGUGAAUCCUGUCCUACUGCAACCCAAGAAUGUACGGGUAUAUUUGCAUAAAAUGGCCCAAGUGAAUGAUGAAUUUAUUAAAAGAAUUCGUCAAAUACGUGAUCCCGAAACGUUGGAAGUUCCUGCCACUUUUCAAGAGGAAAUGAAUCGUUGGACCUUAGAAUCGGUAUCCGUUGUGGCUUUAGAUAAACAAUUGGGUUUGAUUACAACAAAUCGUGAUAAUCCCGAUCUGAAGAAAAUGAUUUCAUUACUAAAUGAUUUCUUUGAAUUGGGAUUGAAACUUCAAGUGGGAAUUCCUAUUUGGAAAUAUUUCAAGACACCGAAAUUCUGGAAAUUUAUGAAAGUCCUUGAUGGUCUAUUGGAAAUUGGUAAUAAAUAUGUAAAUGAGGCCAUUGAACGUCUCGACGCAGAGAAGAAGAUGGACUUGCCAGAGAAACCAGAAAAUGAGAAAAGUGUAUUGGAGAAGUUGAUUAAAAUUGAUAGGAAAAUUGCCACUGUUAUGGCCAUCGAUUUGAUAUUGGCUGGAGUCGAUACGACUUCCACAACAUUUACUGCCCUUUUGCUGUGUCUGGCUAAACAUCCCGAGAAACAAGAAAAGUUGCGUGAGGAAAUUCGACAAAUUCUACCUCACAAAGACUCUCAAUUUGAGCCAAAUUCUCUGAACAAUAUUCCCUAUACCCGAGCGUGUAUAAAGGAGGCCUUACGCAUGUAUCCCCUAACAGUGGGCAAUACUCGCAUUUUGGCUAACGACGCUGUUCUAAGUGGUUACCAAGUACCCAAAGGUACCCAAGUCACCAUGGUAUCGACUGCUUUGUUGCAGGAGGAUGAACACUAUACCAAAGCUAAGGAAUAUUUACCAGAACGUUGGCUACGUCCCAACAAGGCGGCGGAGGAAGCCGGCGAAUGUCCUCAUGCUCUUAAAGCCAGCAGUCCAUUUAUUUAUUUACCCUUCGGCUUUGGUCCACGUAGUUGUGCUGGUCGUCGUAUUGUUGAAAUGGAACUGGAAUUGGGUAUAGCUCGGUUGGUGCGAAAUUUCCAUAUUGAAUAUAAUUAUCCGACAGAUAAUGCUUUUAAAUUUAAACUUAUUAAUAUACCGAAUAUCCCGUUGACAUUUAAGUUUACCGAUGUUGAAAAUUAA